AUGCAGCGCAGAGUGAAGAAUACAACAACAAUAUUACUGUUGGAGAAAGUUAAAAACAGUAAUGUAACAUGCAAACAUGAAGGAAACUGUAGGAUGGCAUCGUGUUACUAUGCAACACUAGUUGGCGGUCAGUGUGGACCUAGUUCGUACAAUCCUUCUAUUGUAGAAUGCGUAACAAUCAAGGAUUGUAAUAAGGACAUUUUAAACCAUUGCUCACAAUAUAAAAUUAGUAACGAUUGUGGCCUGUCUGGAAGUGAAUCAAUGUUACUUCUUGCUCGUGCAGGCAACGUCACCGAAUUUCAUGUUUAUUUUUCAUCCUUUGACUUUGUUGACUUACUGUUUGCAAAUUUUAAAGAUUGUAACUAAAACGUAUCGGUAUUCUUUAGGAAUUUUUGAAAUCGACGAGUCAUACAUGAAGAUGACAGUGUGUCCUUUACAUCGAGAUUUGUAUGACAUUCGCUGGAGGUGCAACAAGACCAGAUGCUCGAUUCGAAAUGACCUUGCAGCACAUAAAUCUUUAUCCGUCAAAGCUCAAUGUGGACUGACAACUUUAUUAUCAUCUUUUAUUUUUAACAAGACCAAGAUACUUAUUCCUGUGGGAACAGGUACGAGGUUAAUUUAUUCAAUAUACAUAUAUUUCCUGCGUAUAAGGUCGGCAGGAAACGUGAGAGAAGUAUGAGGAUAUUUUACUAUGCAUGCACAAGUAGCGCAGGUUUUGUUUUUAACUGAAUUUCUACGUUUUUUUUGUAGAAUGAAGAAUUUACUUACUAAACUUUUAGCAGCAAUGCCUUUAUUUUACAGGAUAUGCAGUAUACUGUAUACGUUAACUUUUUGCUUGUUUUAGGGAUAUGCAGGAGCUGUAAAGAACAUUUAGCUCAUCUGGCAACAGAAUGGAGAACUAGUAAUUUAGUGUCAACUGACGACGAAUCAAGUAACUGCUUAGAAUUAUCAACAUCUCUGCCGCAGAUUAACGCAGAACAGCCGGUAAUAAGAAACAAUUUUAACUUUAUGACGAGCCAUGAUCCAUGCACUACAUUUUAACAGCUUCUUUUCUUUAUUAGGAAGACAGUAAUACUGGUACGUCAGAUGAACUUGUUGAAGAAAUGACUCAUUGUAUACUUAACGAGACCAGGUGGAGCAUCUUCUCUCCAGACACUGCAAGUACUACAUCAUCAUCUUGUGACGUCACCGAUGUUUCUUCUUCAUUGGUUGCUAGAAGAAAAAAGCUAAACGAAUAUUUGGAAGCCUGUAAUAUUCAUCCUUUGAAAAGACCAAUGUCAGAUUGGGACCAGACAUCAGAGCGCACACAAGAACGAUACAUCCAAAAAACAUGUGAAAUUAUCUCGUCAGUGUUAAAUGAUAUUUCAUCCACUAAUGCCGCACAUCUUUGGAAAGGGCUUCAAACUUCCGGAAGGAUGAACAAAGCAUUUGGAUUAAGCCAUCAGCCAGCAGAAAAAGCUUAUUUAGAAGCCUUAGCCGAAGCGUAUAAAACUGCAGAUAGCUGGGAUACUCGGUGCCAAGUCUUAUCUACCAUGUCCGAUGCGGCUAAUUUUAAUGUCAUUUCAGAAUAUAUUCCUGGUCUCACACACUACCGUUUUACUAUGGCUAAUCUUCAUCGACUUCAGUAUGGAAGGUGCGUUCCAGUUCCGUUAAAGACAUCGCCUCGCCUUCGUAUAUGUCAGCAACAGCUUGACCAUUUUCUGAGCUUUAUAACAAGCCCCCAUUUAGUGAAAGGCUUGCCGUUUGGCGAAAAAGAAUUGAAGAUGUCCUCAGGUAAAACAAUUAAAGUACCGAACAUCUUCCGUGCCAUGAUACCUCAAAGAAUUGUGAACCAAUACUCUCAGUACUGCAAAGAAAACAAUUUUCAAUCUUUCAGUAAGAGCACAAUGUUAAGAGUAAUAGACGAAUGUAGUGCAACCCAACGUCAAUCUCUUCAAGGUCUCGACAACUUUGCUGCUCAAGGAGGGCGGUCCUUUGAUGACUUGGGCACCGUUGUGCUGACUAUCUCACCUUUAAAGAAAGACGGCGAAAAUUGGGCAGCAGAAGUGCAAGAGGCUUUGAAAGUGUGA